AUAAUAAUAAUAAUCUCUGCACUCAGCGGUUUAACCCGCCGCCGUCGUUCCGCAGGUAGGAAGACGGAGAGGCGCUGCUGCAGCGGAGAUGGAGGCGCAGAAAGUGGAGCAGCUGCAGGCCUUCGUGGCCUACUGCCGAUCCAACCCCUCCGCCCUCCACCACCCCUCCCUCUCCUUCUUCACGGACUACCUCCACAGCCUCGGCGCUCGGAUUCCCCCCGACCCUACACCGGUGAGUGCUUCUUCCUCGCUUUGCUCGGGGCUUAUUGCUGGUGUCCAUGUGACUCGGUUGGUUGGUUCCCAUUUGAGUCUCCCUAUACGAUGCCUGCUUCUUGUCUUUAAUCGUGAUCUUAAGGGCCACAUGAAAAUGGAAAGCGACAGCGGCACCGCGGCGGCUGAAGAAGAUUACGUUGGCGAAAAAUUCGACCGGGCUGCCGAGAGCGCCGGCGACGAGGACGAGAUUGUGGAGUCAGAUUUAGAAUUGGAUGGCGGCGAACUGGUGGUACCCGACGACGACGAUCCUCCCCAGAAGAUGGGGGAUCCUUCUGUUGCAGUUUCUGACGAGAGCCGCGAUGCUGCUCAGGCGUGCAAAGCAAAAGCGAUCGAUGCCGUAUCUGAAGGUAAAUUGGAUGAAGCUGUUGAGCAUCUGAGUGAGGCUAUCUUGCUUAAUCCAACUUCAGCUAUCCUCUAUGCAACCAGAGCAAGUGUUUUUGUGAAGCUGAAGAAACCUAAUGCAGCUAUUCGAGAUGCAGAUGAAGCGCUGCAGAUAAAUCCCGACUCUGCGAAAGGAUAUAAAUCACGAGGGAUGGCGAAAGCUAUGUUGGGACGGUGGGAAGAGGCUGCUAAGGACCUGCACUUGGCAUCGAAGUUGGACUUUGAUGAAGAAAUAGAUUCAGUGCUUAAAAAGGUUGAGCCAAACGUGCAGAAAAUUGAGGCCCAUCGCAGAAAAUAUGAACGCUUGAGGAAAGAGAGGGAGAUGAAGAAGGCUCAACUUGAAAGGCAACGAAGGCGUGCUGAGGCAGAGGCUGCAUAUGAGAGGGCAAAAAAGGAGCAAACUGCGAGAAGUAAAGCUUCUGAUCCCGAGGUUAAUGAUCCUGCUGCCGCCGCUGCUUUACAAGAUGGAAAUGUUAUCAGCAUCCACUCAUCAAGUGAACUGGAAACUAAGUUCAGGGCUGCAUCGAACUUGUCUAGACUGGUCAUCCUAUAUUUCACAGCGACAUGGUGUGGGCCUUGCCGCUUCAUGGCACCGCUCUACAAAAGUCUAGCAGAAAAGCACCCAAGAAUCGUGUUUCUGAAAGUUGAUAUAGAUGAAUUAGGCGAUGUUGCUCAUCGCUGGAACGUCAACAGCGUGCCAACAUUCUUCUUUGUGAAAAAUGGCAAAGAGAUCGACAAGGUUGUCGGUGCUGAUAAGAAUGGCCUUGAGAGGAAGAUUGCUCUUCAUGCUGGAGAAUCUGAGAACCAGGUAGAAGAAGAGCCUGUAGAGCACGCCCCAGGCGAGUAAUAUGGCAACGUCGGUCCACACGCUACCUGAGUGUAUGUCCAUGGUGGUGAGCACGUCCUGCCCGAUCAACGGGCAUGUUGAGUUGAGCUGCUGGUGAAGAUCGCUAAUCUUAAGAUCUCCUAGCGGCCCUGGCGAGAGGUCGCUGAAGCUGCCGAAGUAGCAGCGUCCGCCCUUGAACUCGUUUGUGAGCAGCGCCUCGAACGGGUACUUGAUUGCUGACAAGUAGUGCAGCCACUGCCAGUACUUGGGGAUCUGCGACCGCUUCAGGAAGAAGCCACACGUCAGGAAGAAGAGCGCGGUGGUGGCAAUCACGACAGCAUAGCCCGUGAUGUAACUUGGCACCAGCGCGCUCACAAGCAUCACGUAGCCAUUGGUGGUGAUCAGUGAGGCGUAGAGUAUGAUCCAGAAGUAGAGCACCCUGCUUUUCAGGUGAAGCAUGAGGUUGGUUAUGAUUGCAAAUGUGAAGCCCUGGACCGCGAAGAACGGAAGGUAGACGAGGAGCGAGGAGACGACGUAGGAGGACGCACGGUACGCAUUGUGUGAUGUCUCACGGAUGAAGAUGAAGCGUUCUUGGAUGAAUGUUGGUACCGCGUCGUUGGAAGAGAAGAAGACAAGGCAGACAGAGAAGAUGUAGAAGUUGAGAAGGCGGUUGAUUGUGGUGAAGUCAUCAUUGCCAAGGCGGUGGAAGAGAGUGGAGAGGAUUACCCCCAUGACAGUCAGCACGAUCUCGCGGGACAGGAACAGCUCCGGCGUGCGCAUCACGUUCAGCGCCGUGCGCCAUGACAGCACCGCCACCUCACGCAGCCACGGGUUUGCAAACUUUGGCGCGCCGUCGGACGGGUCGUCGAGCGGCUCUAUCUCGUUGUAGUCAUGCUGGUCAAAAAUCGGUGUUGGCGUGUUGAAGACCGGGGUGUCAGGGGACUGAGGGUAAGGGACCGGCGGGGUGGUGAUAUGCCGGGUUUGGUAGUAGUUGGCGACCGGUGUCUUGGCAGGAGUGCGGCCGGGUGUUUGAGCUGGCGUCCAAGAGGGCCGGCGGUGUGGCGUGCGGGUGACGCCGUGGUAGAGCCAAACAGAGAAGUCUUUGUAGAAAUGAGAGGCCAAUCUUGGAUUAUAUGCUCCAUUCACCGAGGGAGUCAUCUGUACCCUUCUCUCAAGAGAAUUAUCGAAGCCACCGUCAUCAUCGUCAUCAUCGUCGUAAUCAUACGACUCGUGAUCAGAAGUCCCGUUGGCUGCUGCCGGGGUCGUGCUGCCAACAGAGAACUGGGUGCUGUUGAGGCAGAUUUGGCGGGGAAGGGUGGAUUUACUGAAAGGAGCUCUCAGUGUCUU